AUGUCCACCGCUGCCACCACCGCCGAUAUCAUCCCCAUUCUCGCCUCCGCCGAUAAGGCAACUCUAGUCGCCGAUAUCUACAACGAGGAUCAAGGCCCACGUAAGGGUAUCUUCCUGACUUUCCAACAGGCCUCCAAAUUGAUCGCCUUCCAUCUCCCCACCAAGCAAUUACACCAGCUCUUUUACUUCAAGCGUGGCUACAACAACAGAGUCUACCUCGCCCUCUGCAACGAUGGAUCCGAGUACGUCAUCCGUCUCGGCGGCCGGUUCUGGGACCACACCAAGAUCAUCAACGAGGCCCACGCUCUGAGCCUCGCUCGUGCUGCUCUUGGAGAUGUUGUCGAUGUACCACUGUUUGUCGGCACCAGCGUCGAAGAGUCCAAAGUCCAUACCGACGUAGCCUCGAGGAUCAUCCCACACGACUAUAUCAUCAUGAACAGGCUGCCGGGAGUGCCCCUGGACACCGUUUGGGACCAGUUAUCAAAGGACGACAAGAAGACGAUUGUCGACCAAGCGGCCCAUAUCUUCUCACGCCUCCGAUCAAUCGAAUUGACCAACAUUGGAAACUUUGUCUCGGGGUCCCAGGAUGAACCAAAAGUCGGCGCUCUGAUGGAGGGAGGAGGAGGACCCUUCUUACGUUGGGGUGAGUUUGUCGCUGCUAACAUCCAAAAAGAGCUUGGCAACCUCACCAAGCAAGAGUCUAAAUUUGCCGAGAUCAUGCCGUACCUACCCCGGAUCCACGCACUCCUCGCCAAAGUCCAGUCGGAAGAACUCGAGAAGCAGUUUGAGGCCAAGGCCAACGAGGAAGGCGAGGAUACGUCGGAGAGACCCAUCUCGUUCCUGCAUGGCGAUUUCGAGUCGCGUAACAUGCUUGUUGUUGGCACCAAAAUCACCGGUCUUCAUGAUUUCGAGUUUGCAGGAGGAUUUCCGGCUGAGCAGGAGUGGUGCGCUGGAUUCGAGUGGCUAUUUGCUCGUUCUGAGGAUCCAUAUGAUGAAUCUGAGCAACAAAAGUUGAGAGACAUGACGGAGGAUGAGAAGGAGAUCCGAGAGUACUUUUUGAGGGUUCUCAAGGAGAGCCAUGGGCUGUUGCCGUAUGGACCUGGACAUCAAGAGUACAAGGUGGUGUUGUAUCACUGCCAGAGUAACAUUGCUCCUUGGUGGUUGGUCGACCCAGAGCGAAACACUUGGACCGAGCACCAGGUUCAGACCUUGAAGACUGCCGCCGCCUCACUGGACAAAGCAUUGACCUAUCUUGGUUGCUGA